ACAGCGUCGACUGCAGGGGAACGGUGAUUUGCAGCACCAGGGGCUGCACGUGUCCACCAGGGUUCCUUGGAAAGGAUUGCCGCUCUAACUGCGAGGUCGGCAUGUACGGAUACAAUUGCAAGGGAACCUGUGGCUCGUGUUACGUAGAUAAUUGCAGCUUCACGACAGGCCAAUGUAAAUCUGGCUGCGACAGCGCUAACAGAUACUACAUACCACCCUUUUGUAAAAUAGCCAUCGACAUCCCACCACCGCCCAUCAUCGAUUUCAUUAACGAAACCACUGUUCGCGCGAGUCUCCCGGUGAAAGAGGAAUACAGAUUGAUACCUUCUGCUUAUCAGUUCGUUAUAUGGAAAGAGGGAGAAACUGCUUUCAACCGAGUUGGAAACUACGUGAAGAUAUUCGGUAAUGUCUCAACGAUGGUUGGAUAUAUAGAUCAUUUAGAACCUGGCAUUUCUUACAGAAUUUCUUGCAUACUAUACGUUAACAAUGAUCGUAUACCUAUACACGGUGAAUGGAAGAAUUUCACAACUCGUUGCACUAGUACUACCAACUUCCAGAUAGAAAUAAAGAAUACUAGUCUAACGUUGGAGAUGGGUCAAGGAGUGGCGGAUUUGUAUUCGUGUCCAAGUGGUUGGUACGAUUUCGUGUUCGAAUCCGUGGAAACCAGUAGCCAGAUCAGCAAAGGAAGACUGACCAAACUGCCAUACGAAUUUACAUCGCUGACACCUUUCACUGUUUAUAAAAUCACAAUUAGCAAAGGAGUAGCAAUUAUAUUUUCGCGAGAGGUUCGAACUCUCGACAGUGUGCCAACGCGUGUACAAAAUCUCAGAGCCAUACUGGUAUCGAACAAGGAAGUCGCAGUGAAAUGGGAUCCACCGUUACACGUAUACAGGAACAAACCGAAAUACGAAGUUGCACUGAAGGUGAAGACGUAUUACGGCUGCAAAAGUCUGAAGGUUCAACCUCCGAAGAAAGAUGUCGUCUCUGUCUCCACCGCGCUGAACAGUAUCAACUUCCCAAAUUUAACUCCUUACACGAGUUACACAGUGAAAGUCGUACCUUACACUUCAUAUCGUGGACCAGAAACGCAAACUGAUUUCACCGUCGAUCAGACAGAAAUACCAACUGCCGUGUACAGUGAUUUAAAAUUUCAAAAUUACACGCUGUCGUGGGACCCGCCGAGGGACUGCACCACGAUUUCUGGGCCCAUUAUCGCGAAGAUCGUCAUCACCGGUAUGAGCAAAGCUGUGGCGAAUUUCAGCACCGUGAAGCAAACUAUGAAGUACUCCCUUAAUCUCAUCAACAUACUGCACGGUGUCGAAACGUACGAAGCACGAGUGUACGCGAUCAGAAAUUACAAUAGAAUGCACAACGAGUUUCGUUACGAGAAGCUUGUGUUUACCACUCCUCCGAAAGCCCCGCCUCCCGUGAGGAACCUCGAUAUCUACGAAAUCGACUCGAAAACCAUGAACGUGUAUUUAAGAUGGCUAGAACCAGAACCACCGGUGAACGGAGAAAUACAACAUUACGUAGUCAGCAGUUGUUAUUCGAGUUGCAAAGUCGUACUGAAGAUACGGGCAACGGAGUAUUGCAAACUGUGGGAUAAAUACGUGUGUGCAAGUGUUAAAGAUCAACCGGGAAAUUUAUUAACGGUUUCAGCCAUGAAUGUAAACGUGUCAAAGCCUAGUGCCGAAUUAUCGGUGCCGGUUAUUUCAAGCGCAGCGGAGCCACAGGCGCCAGAGAUCUUCGUCGCCGAGGCCCUUGAAAAUGGGGUGGUAAACCUGACCUGGUCCCAUCCUUGGAAGACGGGCGGACGUCUACAGAAAUUCGUGAUAAGUACAGAAAUGGUAUCGUCGCGGCUCAGAACGAAGAUUCAACGAUCGCAACGAGGCUCGAUUUACGCAUACCCGAUCACGGAAUACCAAUUACGGUACAGAGAGCAAUUGUACCUAUUGUCCUCGUCCACGUACCAAAUCUCCAUCCGAGCUGUGACGAAUACGGAUAUAUAUAGCAAAAAGAAAAUCGUAGAUGUACAGACUCCUUUAUCCAUGGGAUUCGAGGGGGAACUGAGAAUGGAAGUAUGCAACGAGGACUCGACGAUCUUGUUACGCAUUCCUACCGUUCUGAACGAGACGAAAACCAGCGUGACGAACGUGGUUAUACAGGGACCACGAGAUUGUCAGAAUUACACGGAAUUGAACCCCUAUCUGCGCGAGAAAGUGGGUAUCAAGUAUAACGAGACCGCUUGGUCAGCCGCCAUGUUUCCCACCAACAUGUACGCCGGUAAAACGUUCACAAUAGGCGAUAACAAGCUUUACGGUAGCGGCACGAAUUGUCCGCUAAAGCCAACCGAGUCCUACGUAAUAGCGGUGAUUGUGUUAAGCGAAGAAGGAUGGAUGGACGGUGAGAUUAUGGUCAUGAAAACAACAUCGAUUCAUAUCGGCGAAAUACCGAGGCGACACGACGAGGCGUGGAUCAUUCCCAUUGCGAUACUUCUUGUCGCCGUGACCGUGGUGUUUUUCAUCUGUCGAAGGAAACGCAGAGGAUUUCUGGAGAAGAUCGUUCCGCACGAAGAAAUGUCUCUGGCGUUCAACAACGAAAAUCUCGAUGCAAAGUCGAACUCGUCUAGUGUUAAACAAAUUGCAACCACUGCACCUACCUCGACCGAGAAAGAGCUGCCAUCGCGUGGAAGCACACCUCACGACAAUGGCACGAUAUGCACGAAUGAUACUAAUCAAACGAAAGAACGAAUGCCUCCGGUAAAGGUGAAGGACUUCGAGGAUUACGUGAAGCAAGCGAUCGAUUCUGGAUUGCUCGAUAGACAGUACAGCACGCUGCCGAGAGGACAAACGAAACCAUGGGAAUGUGGGAAAUUGCCGCAAAACAAACUGAAGAAUCGAUAUGCCAACCUCAUAGCGUACGAUGAAAAUCGCGUGACACUGGAAAAACUUCCGGACGAUCCCUAUUCGGACUACAUUAACGCGAAUUACAUCAAGGGGUAUAAGAAGGAGAAAUUCUACAUAGCCACGCAAGGACCAAAGGCCAAUACGAUCGUUGACUUUUGGAGAAUGAUCUGGCAAGAAGAAAGCUGCAUUAUCUGCAUGGUUGCGAAUUUGACCGAGGGCGGGAAGGCAAAGUGCGAACAAUAUUGGCCAGAUAUCGGGAAAAAGAAGAAGUAUGGCGAUAUAACCGUUCUGAACGCAAGACACACCGUUUUCGCAGAUUUCACGUUUCGUACUUUACACGUGACGUAUGGCGACGAAGCUCGUAAGAUCGAGCACUUGCAUUACACAGCAUGGCCGGACCAUGGCGUGCCGUUGUUCACGCAUUCGGUGGUAACGUAUUUAAAGAAAGUCUUGGCAACACCACCCGGAAAUGGACCAGUGGUGGUGCAUUGCAGCGCAGGCGUUGGUAGAACUGGAACUAUAAUCUUAUGCGACAUUUGCCUUCGACGAGCCGCUGCGGAAGGGGUCGUGGACGUUUUCUCCGAAACGCAGGCGAUCAGAAGCCAAAGGGCUAAUAUGGUGGACAACAAGCAACAAUAUCUGUUGGCACAUUUAACGCUCUUGGAAUGCCUGCUCUCUGUCCCGACAUCUUUACCUUGCAACGAUCUCCUGCCGAUAAAGAUCAAGGAGAUGAAGAAACAACUGACGAUUCAACGAGACAGUUUAGAAAAAAUGACCUGGCAAGACGAAGCUCUCCGACCACCGAUCAGUCAAACGUCGCUAUCUGAACGCAACCUUGCUAAAAACAGGUUUCCAGAAUUAGUCUCAGCGAAAGUCAGCAGAACGUAUUUAAAAAGAUAUCCGCCGACAGAUGAGGACAGCGAUUACAUAUCCGCUGUUUACGUGGACGGUGUAAGGUUGCAGAAUCAGUAUAUAGCGACACAGUUACCAAUGCCUGAGACGUUUAGCGAUUUCUGGAGAAUGGUGGCCGAAUAUAAAGUGGAAUUAAUCAUCUCGCUGCAACCACCGGAUUUAAACGACGCGACGUGCUGUUCCAUGGUCCCAGCUGGGGAAUUUAAACCGGUACCAUAUAUGAACGUUCGAGCGAAAGAACUUACCGAUUUUACGCACUACACGUCGCAGAGGCUGAUACUCGAGAAUAAUUCCGAGAAACCCGCCACUGAACGGCAGGUAACGAUUUUGUCCUCCACGGAAUGGAAAGCUGGCAGAAAUCAAGAUCCACCUGCGGACGUAUCAUUAGUGACAUUAUGGCAAGCAGCGGAGAAAAUUUCGAGAGGAGACGGACCUAUCGUUGUUCUGUGCCACGAUGGCGUAACUGGCUGUGGACUCUACUUAGCUUUAAGUUUUCUUUUGGAAAAAAUGACUAUAGAAAGGGAAUGCGACGUUGUCCUAGCGAUUCGUGCGAUUAAACGAUCGAGACACGAUUUUGUCAAAUCUCUGGAACACAUGGAAUAUCUGUACGAUGCAGCCAUAACCUAUUUGAAGUACUUCGAGACUUAUGCAAAUUUCACAUGA